UGUGAAAUUAAAGAAGAUACCUUGUUCGGGUCACGUUCCAAUACUAAUCUUAAUAUAUGCUGAUGACUAUAUGUGAGUCAUUGUCUGUCAUGUUGUCUCUUAACUCAAUUAAUUGCUACCAUUUACAAUGUCCACAGCAUACAUUUAUGUGUCCAAAAUAUAGGUGAGUCACAGGAAAACAUUUUUUCAGUGUUCCAUGCACCUCAUCUUUUCAUUUUCUCCAGUAUUAGAAUCUGUCAUGCAUCAAACAUUGUAGAAACCUUCCAUAUGUGGAAGUGCUUUGCUUACACAGUCUUUGAUUUGACUAUGAGUAGAAUCCAGUAAGAGAUUUUGUAUAAAAUUAAUGACUUUGAAAGUGUUGGAAAAUAUGUUAAAUAGAGCGGUGUACCAGGUAUUUGGGCAGCCAAAAUAGUGUACAUUUAUAUGAAUUGAUGAAAUUUUGAUCAAAAUUUCAGAGCAGAAAUAUUGUCUGGAGAAUAUGCUAUGUAAGUUCCAUAUUGUCCUUGAUACUAUUUAACUACAAAUAUUUUCUUUUCUUUUUGCAACAGAUUUUAUAAAUGAUGGAUUAACAUAAUUCAUGCUGUUAAGUUGUAAGUUAGGAAAAAAAAAAUCUUGAAUAAGAGAGAAAAUUUCUUGUAGUGUAGAGUAAGAAAUUAAAAGUUGACAUGCUUCUUUUCAGGAUUUAAAAAGGUUGAAGAAGUUACAUCAGAGUCCCAUUGGCAUGUUCCUUCAUCUGUUUCACUUAAGGAGGAGUCUGUUGGCCAAAGGCCCACCUUUAUCCAGCCUAUUUCAAACCGCAGGGUGUGCAGUGGGGAAUCAGUCAGAUUUCAAGCUAGAGUCUCUGGCAUGCCCAAACCAAAAAUCCAGUGGUUUCAUAAUCAACAACUCAUGCUGCCAACAAAAGACUUAGUUUUCCACUUUGAUGAGUCUACAGGCACAGCUAUACUGAUAAUAGUAGAUGCUUUUUUAGAGCAUGCUGGCCAAUACUCUUGCAAGGCAAGAAAUAGUGCUGGAGAAACAACUUGUACAGCUACACUUACAGUGACUGCAGAAGGUAAAUCCCCAUUUUUACUUCAAAGGGAUUCAGUUUGUUGUAUACCACAGUUUUUACGUUGUUACUAAUGUUCUUCUUUCCUUGUUUCACAUUUUUUCUUUACUAGCUAAUGUUAGUAGUACCUACCCUCUGUAACCCAGCCAUUCUCUUAUUUUCUGGUUAGGCUGUAACAUUCAGAAAUUUCAAAUUUGUAUAUUGAUAUAGGUUAAAGAAUAUACUCAUUUUACUGAAGGCAUUCAGAUUUUUAACACAAGUAAUUAAGUGAUCUUCAUAGCACUGACGGAGAUAUUUUGCACUAUCCUGUGGGGGAAGGGUGGGGGGAAACACCAAAAAACCCCACCAAUACUUCAGUGAAAGAAGAGACAAGCGUCAACUGUCUAUCAACUGCAUGAUUAGCUUAGGUGUCACUUGUCAUUCAUGUAUGUGAAUGGAUAAUCUUUGUGUCAAGAGUGUAGUGCAUUUGGCAUGCUGAGUUUUUGAAUGAAGAUCAUUCAUUUUCAUCCUCCAUGCUGUUUGAUUUUGUUCAGAGCAUGGCCUAGUAAAGUUCUUUAGAUACUAAUGCUGUUGUUAUUUUUGUUACUUGAUUACACAGUGCAAGACCUAGAUAGGCAGAUUUCUGGGAAAGAUGUAAAAAAGUCUAUCCGGUCACAGGCUAUAUCAGAACUUCAUGUUGCUCCUCUCACAAAGAAGAACAUCAAAACUUAUAAAAAAGAAUUUAAAUCAGUGCAACAACCAUCACAGGAAUUGGGUGUACAGGUUUUUGAAAGUGUAUCAGAAAGUUUGACCAUGAAGGCUACAGCAGUUGAAGAAAUGGAAGCCAUACACACAACAAUCCUUUCCCAAACAUCGCAGAGCACCAGGAUGUCUAUGGUCACUGAUCAGGAAAUGAAAGAUGUUCCUCCAAAGAUUCUUUUACAGCUCAGAGACCUAACUGUAAAGUAUGGUGACACUGCUCAGUUCAUAUGUGGCUUAGAAAAUGAAUUCUUCUCUGAAUUUCUUUGGGCCCAUGAAGGUGAAAGGAUAGAAGUGUCAGAAAAACUGAAGAUAUCACAAAAUGGAAAUGUUCUACUGCUCACAAUCCUAAAUGUCCAGCUGCCAGAUCAAGGACGGUACAGUUGUACUGUUUAUAAUGAUUACGGAGGGACAACAACCACUGCAAUACUAACAGUCAAAGGUGGUUAUCUCGCUUGUAACAUUAUAACUUACCAUUUGCAACUUCCUUAUCACUGCUUAGAACUCACUCUUAUUUCCUUUCUUAUUAGUAUUUAAUAGAGAAAGCUCUAGUAAUAAUGCUUUGGAGUUUUCCUCCACAUUUACAGCUCUAUUCAUAAGUGACGUGCAGUACAGGGAAUUGGUAUUGGAAGUUCAUGCUUCUUUGGCAAGUCACAGAUGUCUGAGGCUUUUUAUUCCUCAUAUCCUGUAUGAUAUGCAGUGAGUUGUAAAGCAAAACAGGCUAGUAGGAAUUAUUACAUUUUGAGAAUUCCUGAAGCUGGACUUUAAGAAAGAUAAGAACGUCAGAUAAGCAAUGUUGAACUAGAUACCUGAUCAUUUUAAACUCUGUGGGUCCAACUUGAUUCCAAUAAAUCCAAGGUUCCAUUUCCAAGUUUGGCAAUAUAGGCCAAUGUAUUUGAAAGGGUUAAUGGAUGCAAGUGUUGUAUCACUGCACUAAUGAUUUGUCUUCUACCCUUUGCUCUCCCUGAGCUAUAAGUAUUUAUUUUUGCUAAGUCUCCUUCCGCUUCUUCCUGACAGCAGCAUAUUAAAAUAAUAGUAGUGUUACCACUAGUGAAGACCUAAAAAUAUACUAUCUCCACAGUGGACAGGUGAUAAUAUUUCUGCUAAGCUCAAAGAUUCAAGACCAGAAAACUAAGAUGAAUAAUGAGGAAGCCAUUGACCAUGUUGAUUUGGCUUUUACAUAUUGAAGUUUCCUUCUUCUCUCUUGAGCUGUGCAAAGCAGUUUAUAUAAUCUUCUGCUGCUACUUUCUAAAUAGAGGCUUUCAAUUAAAAAUAAAGAUGUGUUUUGUAUUAGGCACUGCAGACCAAUUCUUAGGCCCAUGGAAGCCCUAUAGGCUUAAUUGAUACCUAGAAUUAGCCCAGCAGGAAUAGAGCUCUUCAGUGUGUAUUCACUCAUGCUUAAUAGCAUUGUUGUAGCACUAAUAUGCUAGACUUUCUUUCAGUACUAAUUACUGGGGUUUUUCCUCUCUCAGUAUAAGGAUAUUUUUUAUUCCUGCAAAACAUGUGAUCUAAUUCUUUUCCUGACUUUAUUCUUACCUAGCAAAAGAAGCACAAGCCAAAGCAGUAACAAAAAUUACCCUUGAAUCAGAUACUAAAAAUGUUAAAGCAGCCAAUGAUUGUCAGUUUAAAGUAUCUGAAGUUAAGCAAGAAUCUUCCAAGAAAACUUCGAGUUUGUUUGUAUCUACAUCCCAAAGACCCUAUGAAACUGAGAAGCAAAGAAACAGAGUCUACUAUCCUGAUGUUGUGCCAUGUGAAGCCAUCACAGAAACUGAUGCCGAAGCACCAGAGUUUCUUGAAACUCUGCCUUCAGAAACCACUGUACAAGAAGGAGAUGAUGUAUUACUCUUUUGUAUAACGAAGGGUGUGCCUACACCUUGUGUGGUGUGGCUGUGCAAUCAGCUAAUAGUUGAGGAGUCUGCAUUGUGUUCCUUAAAACAUGAUGGGCCACUGUGCAGUUUAAGAUUGUUGAAAGUUGGUCAGAACCAUAAGGGUAUAUACAAGUGCAGAAUAGCUAAUCCUGCAGGACAAGCCGAGUGCAGCACCCAUCUCAGAGUGACAGGUUGGCAACUGCAUGUUCCUUCCAAGAUUCAAUCCCUUGUGCAUAGCAUCAUUGCAUUCCAGUACAUUCAUUCCCCUAGGAGAUGAUAAAGAAUGAGAAGCAUUUCAUUAGUCUGUGGAUUGUUUAAUAUUUUCUUCAGGGAUUUAAGGCAUGAUAAAGGCAUGUUACAUUAGAAACUUUUCCCCACCCUGCAAAAGUGAAAACAAAUCUUAUAGAAAAGUGUACAAACAAGUUUGAAAGCAUUUGAUAUACUCUGUUCUCAAAAUUUAUCAAGUGUUUGUAUUGUCUGGCAUGCAUUUAAUGCAUUUAUGUGUAUGUAUGUGUGAAUAUCUGUAUAUUUGCAACAGAGAUUGGAAGUUUUUACUACAUAAAGUGUUGAUUGACAUAUUUAGCAACUAUAGCUCAAAAAUAUGUCUUUU